GUCCAUCUUCACUAGAAUCGUCAUACUUUAUGACUUGAACGGCCAUGCAGCAUGAUGGAUCCUUGCGAUCUGCUAUUCAUCGCCUCACGGUGACGCCUGUGGAUGACUUACCUCGGAUUUCUAGUUUUCUAGCCUCCAGCCUUGCCAAUCAUGAUCUGGAAAAAUUAUUCCUGGAUUCCAAGGAAAAUGCUUCCAUUGUCACCGGCCACAGACUUAAGACACGUGUGACGUCUUUACUCCAGGACAGAAACCCGUCAGGACGGAGUUCGGCUAGUAUUCUUAUCAAGACACUCAUUGAUAAUGGGGGCCCUCAACUGCUGGCAUCUUCUGCGCCAUGGGCGAGAGGACUGCUUAGCUGUUUAAACAAGUCAGAUACACCCGAAGUCAAGAAGCUCUACCUCACCACAAUCACUCGACUCUUUGUGCUCACACAAGAUCAACCUUCACUUGUACGAGAGAUCACCACUCCCCUGCUGCCGACUUUGAUCUCAGCUUGCCUUAAUCUCAUUCGACCAAUGACGAUCAAUACCACCGAAGGAAAAACCAUUUUGGUUGCAAGUCCACUUCUUGAUACUGUAUUGGAAUGCUGGCUUCGGCUACUACCCCAUCAUCCGACUGUCUUCCGUCCUUUUGUCAAUAGGAUCAAACCAAUCUGCUUGAGCCUUUUGAGUAAAGAUGAUAGCACUGAAACCAGCAUCGUUCUGGGAACUGAAUUGCUCUGUUCUCUCAUCUCAUGCGCACCCAAGGCUGCCAUAGUUCAGGAAUGGACUCAAGCCUCUAGCAGUCUGAUUCAGUCCAUCCACGAUAUAUCGAACCAGGUGUUGAGAGGUGUCAUUGAAGAGCAUCAGAGCAAUGAUCCUUCUCUGCUAACGUCGCUGACAAGGCGAGAUUUAUCCAAGCCACCGGAGCAGAGCAACACGGAUAAGCUCGGCAUGGGAGGGUGGGUUGGUAUUACUUCUGGAUGUGCCAGACUGUCAAAGCUUUUGGCAUGGCUGCAAUGUCUGAUCUCAACACCGACCUCUCAAGCAGUACCUGUACGACUGGGGAUGAUUGUCGAUACAAUCUCGCGGCUCAUGGACCUCACGGUGGCAGAUAGUAAGGCACAAGGUGGCAGUAGACUGAAGUUUCACUCUGAGGUCAGCAGGGAAGAAAAGGAAGAAUUACUUCUGAAUCUUCCCAGACUUCAUGUCUCAUGCCUUUGCCUCCUUCAAACCGCUAUCUCGACGUAUGGCCAAGCUACCCUGCCUCUGUACGAGAUCAUCAUCAAUCAAAUACUUGAACUGACAGGAACAAUGAUGUUCCACGUCAAAGUCCGAGAGGCGAGCUAUGAUCUCAUGAGAGCCAUUCUUGAGACGAUGAGUCCACAGCACCUCGACGUGGACCGCAAAGCUUUCUCGAAUCUGAUCAAUUCAUGUUGUGGUGAUCUUAAGUCUGGUCACGCAGAGUUCAGCAAUGAGAGUACAGACCAAGUGAAAGACAUUUCAUUCUCAGCAACUGCCACGAAAGGAACGGCACUUUCUUCGUUCAAUCAUCAUACCUCGAUCUACCAGGCUGCUUGGAAGUUGCUUCCUAUCGCUUUGGGGCCGCCUGCUUACAUGCUCUUAACGAGACAAGUACGAAUUGAGGCAGAUCGACUUUCGAUACUGCUUAACCACAGAGAGGCGAUGCUCGCCAGUGUGAUGAACCCAGUAAUCUCCAAGAAUGGGAAAGCCACAAAUGCUAGUAUUCUUCCUUUUCUGGCCCGAUCCAGUCCCAACCUUCCAGCGGUCGAAGCUUUGCUCAGGCCUCGAUUCCCAAUCAGACCCGUCCAAGUCUCUGAACCAUCGACAAAUCAACGGACAGGAGAUAGUCAUACCUCCGAAGAUGUCAGCAACACUUUUGUGCAUUCAAAUGGUCAAGGAACUGAGAAUAAAGAUCAAGAGGUUCCCGCAAUUGAUGUGCAGGUUCCACCUGCAGAGGAUGUCCAUCGCGCAAAAUCACCGCUAAAACGACCACUCGAAGAAACGAAUCCAAGACUGCCGAGCUUGUUCUCAGCGACCCCCGCAGGCGAAGAACCGGAGUCCAAAAAACCACGCUCUGAAAAUGAUACAAUCAAAAGCGCAAUGAUAACCAUACAGGGUGAUAGUCAAGAUGGCAAGGAGAUAUAUUCCACUGCUGCCUCUGACUUUACCUCUCAAGUCCAGACAGAAGAAGUACUCGUCCCUGCAUCACAGCUUAUCGGACAGCCGAACAACACUCCGCUGAAUGCUCAGCAAGGCAGAAACAUGGAGAUUGCCGAUAGUGACGAGAGUGAUUUCGAAAUCCCUACCAUCGAUCCUGAAAUGGACACCGAUGAAGAGGAAGACGAUGAAGAUUGACCUGGGCCCCUUGAGUCUGUGAGCAUGGAUUGAGAGACAUGGCCAGCUGAGAAGGUUAGUGCUAGCUAGACGAACGAUCAUCGCAUCGCGGCGAUGAUGCAUGAAGUGAGCUUAGUAGUCUAGGUAUAUAGCUACCUGAUCAAUCAGUCCGCG